CGCUGAGCUUAGUGAGCUUGCUCCUGUACUAAUAAAGAAUAAAACAUAAUUUGCACGUAUUGCAAAUAAUUGUUUAUACAUAGUGGAUAAAUAGGUUAGGCUUUUCAGACGAAACUAAUGUGAAUAAUUAAGGAUCAUUGUUACAAACUUUACUAUCACCUAUCCUUCAUUAAAAUGUUACGAACCUUCGUCAGGUUGACACCGGCUUUUAUUCCUAUUUUAAAGAAACAUAACGAAAAUGAUUACAAUUUACUGGAUCCAUCCACCGACGUACCCACUACAGGAUUUGAUAGACUAAAAAGUAUGUUUUACAGGAAUGAAUAUGAUGAGGUGUCUCCAGAACUGAGGACAGUGAUACAAUCGGGACUGUCUGGAUGCUUUGUUGGUGCGUGCAUGGGGUUUGUCAAAUCAAGAGAUGCAUAUAUUUACUUUAUAGAAAAUAACCAAGCUACUAUAUUUAAAUCUACGAUGGAAGCCAAGAAAAAAUUGCAAGACCAUGUAACAUUAGCCUUUGCAAGAGGAGCAUACCAUUGGGGUUGGAGACUUGGAAUUUUUACUGGAACAUUCAGUUUGAUAGCAACAACAAUAUCAGUGUACAAGGACCAGACCUCGAUCACAGAGUACAUUGUGGCUGGAGCUAUCACCGGAGCCAUGUAUAAAAUGAACUUGGGCAUGGCGGCCAUGAUGGUUGGUGCGGGACUAGGAGCUGUUUUAAGUACAAUAGGUGGAGCAGCUAUCUUGGGUAUCUUGCACGUAACUGGAGUGUCCAUGCGAGAUAUCAGGCGCGCCUUGAGUAAAAUAAACGAAGCUAGAGUGGAUCAGUACAACCAAGCACUAGAAAAGGCGGCGGAAGAAAAAAAUGACGCACUCACAAGACACCACGACUUUAUAGUUGAAACUAAAGGCGAAAUUAAAAUAGAUGAUAUUAAUUAACAAUAUUUUUUAAAUUACUUAUAAAUAAUAUAAUUAUUUAAUUAACAAAAGAUAGUUAUGGUGAAUAAAUUAUGUUUUUGUUACUACGUA